AUGAACUUGGACAACUUAGGAAUCUUGGAUAAAGCUAAAGAAUGCAAGAAACAGUGGAACAGUCUUCGAGACUGUUAUCGAAGAGCUCUAAAGAAGAGGAAAAAGGUGAAGAGUGCGCAGAUAGGAAAAAUAAGGAAGUGGAAAUACGAGAACGAAUUAUCCUUCUUGGUUCCAUUUAUAAAAGAAAGGAAGUCGAAUAGCCAGUUUAACAUGUCCACCAAUGACAAGUCAGACGUGGACAUAACCUCAAAUAUCUGUAUAGAUAUGCCAUGUACACAACAAAUGGAGGAACAAGCAUCACCCGAGCCUCGUGAUUCAGCAACCGAGAUAUCUUCGGCUAAGAAAAGGAUUAGAAGAAGAACCGAAGCUAUGUCACCUGUUUUCAUGGACUUCAUUUCGAGUAACAAAUACGAAAAUACGCAGCCCAGAGAUGAUACAAACGACAUCGAUUUAUUUUUCCAAAGCAUGGCAUCUACGGUUAAGAAGUUUUCUCCGUAUAAUCAGGCAGUAGCUAAAGCCAGAAUAUUUUCUAUAAUCUCGGAAGUAGAGAUACAAGCACUUUCUUCUAUGAAAUGUACACACUGUUCUCCAUACUCGUUGGAUUCAAUAUCGCUCGCUCCAACACCUACAUUAUCGAUAGAGCCUCAGCCAGAACAAUCUAUUCUGCCAUAA